AUCAUGGACCAAGAAAAUAAAUCAGGAAUAACUGAAUUUGUGUUACUCAGCCUUUCAGGUUCUAGGGAGCUGCAACUUUUCUAUUUUGCAUUUUUCACACUCUUCUAUUUAGCCAUUGUGCUGGGAAACGUCCUCAUUGUCUUUACAGUCAUCUCUGACCCAGCACUUCACACGCCCAUGUACUUCCUCCUCAGUAACCUCUCCUUCAUUGAUGUGUGUCUGUCCACAUUUGCCACCCCCAAGAUGAUUGUUGACUUCCUUAUGGAGCACAAGACCAUCUCUUUUGAGGGUUGCAUGGCUCAGAUAUUCUUCCUGCAUGUCUUUGCUGGUGGAGAAAUGAUGCUCCUUGUGGCUAUGGCGUACGACAGAUAUGCAGCCAUAUGUCGACCCCUACACUAUGCAGCCAUCAUGAGUGUACACAAGUGCAUAGGACUUGUGGUGGGCUCCUGGCUCAUAGGGGUUCUGCACUCACUAAGUCAACUGGCUUUCACAGUAAACCUUCCAUUCUGUGGUCCCAAUAAAGUGGACAGUUUUUUCUGUGACCUUCCCCUGGUAAUCAAACUUGCCUGCACUGAUACCUAUAAUCUCCAGGUACUGAUGCUGUCAGACAGUGGUCUAAUGGCCAUGGUUUCCUUUCUGCUCUUGCUGAUAUCAUACAUCAUCAUACUGGUCACUGUGAAACGGCAUUCCUCCACGGGCAUGGCCAAGGCACGAGCCACCCUGACUGCCCACAUCACUGUGGUGACCCUCUUCUUUGGUCCCUGCAUCUUCAUUUAUGCUUGGCCUUUUAGCAACUUACCAGUGGAUAAACUUCUCUCAAUAUUUUACACUGUUUUCACCCCUCUCUUAAACCCCUUGAUAUACACCUUAAGAAAUAAGGAAGUGAUAUCAGCCAUGCAAAAACUUGGCAGUAGACAAGUGCGUCCAGGCCAGCUCUCUGCUAUGAUACAUUCGUGUGAAGACAAUUUUUCUAAAAAGAGGAAAACUCAUUUCAUGGUUAAUUCUGGAAAAUGGGCUUGA